AUGUUCAGCUCCAAGGAGAAGACGCCCCAGUCGAGCGAAGGCGAGGUCACGCCUAGUAACGGCUCCAAGACCGACCUCGAGACCGGCGAGACUGACGGCCUUCACCGCACCCUCCACAGCCGCCACCUGCAGUUCCUCGCCAUCGGCGGCACCAUCGGCACCGGCCUCUUCCUCGGCAGCGGCAAGGCCAUCGCCACCUCGGGCCCCGUCGGCGCCCUCAUCGCCUUCAUCUUCGUCGGCUCCAUCGUCUUCUCCGUCAUGACGGCCCUCUGCGAGAUGGCCACCUACAUCCCCGUCCCCGGCGCCUUCACCUCGUACGCCUCCCGCUUCAUCGACCCCACCCUCGGCUUCGCCAUGGGCUGGAUGUACUGGUUCAGCUGGUCCAUCACCUUCGCCCUCGAGCUCACCGCCGCCGGCGUCAUCAUCCAGUACUGGAACGCCGACCUCAGCAUCGCCAUCUUCAUCUCCGUCUUCUGGGCCGUCUUCACCGCCCUCAACUUCAUGCCCAUCCGCAUGUUCGGCGAGGUCGAGAUGUGGUUCGCCAGCAUCAAGGUCGUCACCAUCGUCGGCUUCAUCGUCUUCGCCAUCUGCAUCAACGCCGGCGUCGGCCAGCAGGGCUACCUCGGCUUCACCUACUGGGUCGACCCGGGCGCCUUCAACGCCUCCAUCGUCCCAGGCUCCGCCGGCAAGUUCAUCGGCUUCUGGUCCGUCCUCAUCACCGCCGGCUUCAGCUACCAGGGCGCCGAGCUCGUCGGCAUCGGCGCCGGCGAGACAAAGGACCCCGAGAAGAGCGUGCCCAGCGCCGUCCGCUGGACCUUCUGGGGCAUCUUCGGCCUGUUCGUCGCCACCGUCUUCUUCGUCGGCAUCCUCGUCCCCUCCAACGACCGGUCCCUCCUGCUCGACUCCCAGAACGCGUCCGCCUCGCCCCUCGUCAUCGCCGCCAACCUGGCCGGCGUCAAGGUGCUCCCCGACAUCAUCAACGCCGUGCUCCUGACGGCCGUCCUCUCGGCCGCCAACUCCAACGUCUACUCGGGGUCCCGCAUCCUCGUCUCGCUCGCCAACGAGAGGUGCGCGCCCCAGUUCAUGACGUGGACCAACAAGUACGGCACCCCCUACAUGGCCGUCGCCACCACGUCGGCCGUCGGCCUGCUGGCCUACAUGAACCUGUCGGCCGACGGCGGCGUCGUCUUCGACUGGCUCCUCAACGUCACGGCCGUCGCCGGCUUCAUCAGCUGGUCGUGCAUCAACGUCUGCCACCUGCGCUUCAUGGCCGCCCUCAAGGCCCAGAACAUCCCGCGCAGCACCCUGCCGUACACGGCGCCCCUGCAGCCGUACCUGUCCUGGUACGGCCUGUUCUUCAACGUGCUCAUCAUCCUGACAAACGGCUUCGCCGUCUUCAUCGAGUGGAGCACCAGCGACUUCUUUACCGCCUACGUCAGCGUCAUUCUGUUCGUCGUCCUGUUGGUCGGCCACAAGCUCUUCAACCGCACCAUGCCUCUCAAGGCCAUCGAGGCCGAUGUGACGACGGGCACUCUGCGAGCGAGGUCAUGA